UUUCUCUGUGCAGAAUGUGUGAAUCACAUGUCACAUGUACUAGCAGGCAGUACUAGCUACUAGCUCUAUUUAAACAGUUUGGAGCAUGGAUUCAUUGAGAGAACUCGUGCAGACACACAGCUCUUGUUUCAGUCUCAGGUCAGAGACCUCUCUGCCUCCUGCAUUCUUCAGCAGUACCAACAACAACAACAACAGAUCCUCUUCUAAUCUGCAAGGACUAACAAGGCUAACUGGACUCCCCAGCCGAGCAGAGGGGACCUAAACAACGACCUAACACAAACCCACAAGAGCCUGGACCCUUUAUGUUGACAUCAUGGAGUUUGUGCGAUUUGGGACAGAGGACGAUGACGAUGAUGCAGCGACUCAGUACAUGAUUGAACAGAGUCUUCUGCUGGAGAGCAACAAACAGAAGGAACCACCCCGAGACUCCACAGCACAUGGCAGCAGGAGCCCUGGACCUGACUCUGCAGACAGCAUUUUCACUGCUAUAAGACAAGGUAAUGAGAAGCUCUUGAAGGAGCUAAGCAUCCGGCACAGAGACAAGUUUUCAGACACAAACAGCCGAGGUUGGACUCCUCUCCACGAAGCAGCAGCUCAGAGCAACCAGACCAUCCUGGAGCUCACACUCCACGCUUCAGGCUCAGACUCUGUGGAGAGUCGUACUCCUCGCGGACAGACUCCUCUCUUCCUGGCAGUAGAAGGAGGUCUGAUAGAAAACGCCUCCUUCCUCCUCCAGCACGGAGCCCAGCCGGACAGCCAGGACCACGACCAGGACUCACCGAUGCUGCUAGCGAUCCGGUCGGACCGCGCUGACAUGAUGAAGCUGCUGCUGCUGCAGGGCUCCAGGGUGAACCAGGAGGGCUGCCACGGCCGGCGUCCCCUCCACGAGGCCUCUCGGCUGGGUAAAGCAGCGCUGGUGAACCUGCUGCUGGAGGCCGGAGCGCAGCUGGACCCCCGGAGCCACUACGGCCUCACGCCACUGGCGCUCGCUGCUCAGGCGGGACACCUGGAGGUGGUGGAGACGCUCCUGAUGAGAGGCGCUGACGUUCUGUCCCGGGCCCAGGAUGAGGCGUCCAUCUUGUACGAGGCGUGUUCAUCAGGAGACCCGGCCCUGAUUGGCCAGCUGCUGGAGUACGGCGCCGACGCCAACGUAGCCAAACACACGGGACACCUGCCGAUCCACCGCGCUGCUCACCGGGGACACCUGCAAUCUCUAAAGCUGCUGAUUCCAGUCACCUCUAAAGGAGAAGUCAACAACAGCGGGAUGAGUCCUCUACACUCAGCUGCUGCAGGAGGACACACACUCGGCAUCAAGACCUUGCUGGAUGCAGGUUAUGACCCCAACUAUAUGCUGGAGCCCUGGGUUCGACGUAACUAUGACGACGGGCGGAAAUCGGCGCUCUUCUUCGCAGUCUUAAAUAACGACGUGCCGUCAGCCAAACUGCUGCUGGAGGCCGGGGCCAUGACCAACCAAGACCCAAUCAAAUGUCUGCAGAUUGCCCUGCGGCUGGGGAACUACGAGCUGAUAGACCUGCUGCUGAGGUUUGGAGCCAACGUCAACUAUUACUGCAAGAUCAACACAACCCACUUCCCCUCAGCCCUGCAGUACGCACUCAAGGACCAGGUGGUUUUCAGGAUGCUGUGUAACUAUGGUUAUGAUGUGGGGCGCUGCUUUGAGUGUCCCUAUGGCAACGGCUCCCACGUCCCUGAAGACUUUGAGGGAUGGAGCGACACUGUGAUCAAAGACAACACGUUCUGCGAGGUGAUCUCUGUCUCCUGGCUGAAGCACCUUGCGGGCCAGUUGGUCCGCAUCAUGUUGGACUACGUGGACCAUGUGACCCUGUGCUCCAAGCUGAAGGCGGCUGUGAUGGAGCAGCAGCAGUGGCCCGACAUCUGCAGGCUGCAAGAGAACGCUCGCUGUCUGCAGCAUCUCUGUCGUCUGCAGAUCCGGCGUUGUCUCGGCCGCCUUCGUCUCCGAUCGCCCGUCUUCAUGAGCUUCCUGCCGUUGCCGGGGCGACUGAAGGACUACAUCCUGUACCGGGAGUACGACCUGUACAGCCAGCAGAGCAGCACGCCGCGGUGACGCACCAGUUAGGACACAGACACGAUUCAAAAAGAGUGGAUCUAUUGAGGGAAUUGUCAUCAUGAAGUGAAACCUUUGCUGCUGCUCUUUGUGGAAACAUGUUGAAG